UAAUUCAAAUAGGAUUGAAGAAUGUACUGCUAAAAAAAAAAAAGUUCAAAGAGAAAACAACUGGCAGAGGGAGAAGAGGACUUCAAAGCUGGGAAGAAUGACUUCUUGCAGCAGCAGCGGCUGUGGGUCCACGCAGAUGCAGACUGCUCCCGAGGGCGGCCACCAGCGCUACGGAGUCCGGUCCUACCUGCACCAGUUUUACGAAGACUGCACGGCCUCCAUCUGGGAGUACGAGGAUGACUUCCAGAUCCAGAGGUCACCCAGCCCAUGGAGCUCUGUAUUCUGGAAGGUCGGACUCAUCUCGGGCACAGUCUUCGUGAUUCUCGGACUGACUGUUCUGGCAGUGGGCUUUCUUGUGCCCCCCAAGAUCGAGGCGUUUGGCGAAGCCGACUUCGUGGUGGUCGACCGGCGCGCCGUGCAGUUCAACGGCGCCCUCGACCUGUGCAAGCUGGCGGGGGCUGUGCUCUUCUGCAUCGGGGGCACGUCCAUGGCAGGGUGCCUGCUCAUGUCGGUGUUCGCCAAAAGCUACUCCAAAGAGGAAAAAGUGCUUCAGCAAAAGUUCAAAGAGCGAAUUGCCGACCUCAAGGCCCACACCCAACCCGUCACCAAGGCACCGGGCCCAGGGGAAACCAAGAUCCCAGUCACUCUGUCCAGGGUUCAAAAUGUCCAGCCCCUCUCGGCAACCUGACCCCCUCCCCGCCCUUCCCCCUCUCUGAUUCACACACAUUGUUCAGAGGCGUUGGCCAGCUUCCCUGGUGAAGGAUGGGCGCUGACAACCAGGGCGUGUUUGGCUGGGGGCAGCUGGCCUAGUGCAGAGCUCACACUUGCUCAGCUCAGGUGACGCUCACGAAGGUAGCAGCCACGAGUUAGCCAAUGCACACGCACCCAGCUGCAUAGGACGGGUGCUCUGAGUCCCCACCAGGAGCCCCUCCGCAGUCCCUCUCCCAUAUUGUGGCUUUGUGUUCCUCUCCGCGUCAUUUGACCAGCCGCCCGAGGCUGACUUGGUCCAUUUUACUUUCCGACCCUGGUUUUCCAACCCUGCGUGGUGCUGUCUUCCUCCCUGUGUCACUGUGUGCAAGAGGUUGUCCUGUGUGCUCGUAGAAAUGUGGAGUUCCCGGACUUGGAUCCCAACACUAGUCUUUUAACUAUAUCUUAAUAUGAAGUUGCUGAGAUCGGUUACAAAUUCAUUAGUGUUCUACAUAAAUCUUUUUGUUUUCUCCACUUUUUUUUUUCAUUUCAAAAGCUAAAAUUGCCAACUUUAGAAUUGAAAAAAAAAUUAAUAUUAGGAGUAUCUAACAGCAAUGUCCAAAGGCACAGAAUUAGAGGCCAGGAAACCUGAGUUCCUGCUCCUCCCUCGCUGUGUGACUGUGCAGAAAGUAUUUAGCUCCCUAAGCCUCAGUCUCCCCGUCUGCACAGUGGGCUCUACAGGCCUCCCCUGCUCAAAUAUCUUGAGAUUCUCUUUUUGCCAUGUCACUGAGUGUCUCCCCCAAGAAUGGUAAUGUGGUUCUGUGGCUCUCACCAUGGUGGGACUUUUUCAGAACUGAACUCCUGGAAAGCCACCAAGUCUGCCAGCUUCUCACUACCUACCUUGGAUAUCCACCCCAGCAACUUAUACCAUGCUGUCAUAUUUUUAUAAAGAUGAAAGUAAGCCAUCCUCAAAUAAGAAGCCCCUGGGCGGAUAGUAACCUUAAAGCGGGGUUUUGUUCUCAAAUAAGAUGUGUUGUUCCCCAGCAAGAUGUCCUCUUUAUCCCUUGCACUUAAUCUGUGGAUUUAAAUUAGAGGAAAACAGAGGUGUGACCUUGGUACUCUCUCAGACUCUGUGCCGCUCCCCUCCCCCUUCACUGGAUAAAUAAAAUACGUGAACUAGACAAA